GCGCGGGCACCGGUGCCCCGGCCGGGGUCUGCCGGGAAGAUGGCGACCCCGGGCAUGAGCUGGCAGCAGCACUAUUACGGCGGCUCGGCGGCUGGGGCGGCCAAAUUCGCGCCCUCGCCGGCCGCCGCGCAGCAGGCGGGGCACUGCAUGGACUACAGCCAGGACUUGCACCUGAAAAUGAGCAAGAAAAUCGCCCAGCUCACCAAGGUAAUAUAUGCUUUGAACACUAAAAAUGAUGAGCACGAAUCUGCAAUUCAAGCCCUCAAAGAUGCUCAUGAAGAAGAAAUCCAACAAAUUCUUGCAGAAACAAGAGAAAAAAUAUUGCAGUAUAAAAGCAGAGUAUCAGAGGAGUUAGACCUUAAGAGAAAGAUUCAAGUUUUAGAAGCAUCAUUAGAAGAUCACAUAAAAAUGAAGCAGCAGGCUUUGACAGAAUUUGAGGCUUAUAAGCACAGAGUUGAGGACAUGCAACUUUGUGCAGAAGCCCAGCAUGUCCAACGCAUAGUAACCAUGUCUAGAGAGGUUGAAGAGAUCAGAAGGAAAUUUGAGGAAAGAUUACGGAGUUUUGGACAAGUCCAAGUACAGUUUGAAAAAGACAAACGGUUGGCAUUGGAAGAUUUGCGAACUGCUCACAGACGGGAGAUCCAAGAGCUGCUGAAGUCACAGCAGGAUCACAGUGCCUCCGUUAGUAAAGGACAGGAGAAAGCGGAGGAGCUGCACAGAGUGGAGGUGGAGGCCUUAAACAAGACACUGGAGGAGCUAAGGCUCGAGCGGAAAAAGCUAAUUGAGGAUUAUGAAGGCAAGUUGCGUAAAGCUCAGUCCUUUUAUGAACAUGAGCUGGAUACUUUGAAAAGGUCACAGCUUUUUACAGCAGAAAGCCUCCAGGCUAGCAAAGAAAAGGAGGCAGAUCUUAGAAAAGAAUUUCAGGGACAAGAAGCAAUUUUACGAAAAACCAUAGGAAAAUUAAAGACAGAGUUACAGAUGGUACAGGAUGAAGCUGGAAGUCUUCAUGACAAAUGCCAGAAGCUUCAGAUAGCACUUGUUACAGCAGAGAACAGUGUUCAGGUUCUUCAAAAACAGCUUGAUGAUGCCAAGGAGGGAGAAAUGGCCUUAUUAAGCAGGCACAAGGAAGUGGAAAGUGAGCUAGCAGCAGCCAGAGAACGUUUACAGCAGCAAGCUUCAGAUCUUGUCCUCAAAGCUAGUCAUAUUGGAAUGCUUCAAGCAACUCAAAUGACCCAGGAGGUUACAAUUAAAGAUCUAGAAUCAGAAAAAUCAAGGGCCAAUGAGAGAUUAUCUCAGCUUGAAGAAGAAAGAGCUUUUUUGCAAAGCAAAACCCAGAGUCUGAAUGAAGAGCAGAAGCAGCAGAUUUUGGAACUGGAGAAGAAAGUAAAUGAGGCAAAGAAAACUCAGCAAGAAUAUUAUGAGAUGGAGCUAAACAACCUGCAAAAUAGACUGGAAGGAGAGGUGGCCCAGUUAAAUGAGGCCCAUUCUAAGACUUUGGAAGAAUUAGCUUGGAAGCACCACAUGGCAAUUGAGGCUGUCCACAGUAAUGCGAUUAGGGAUAAGAAAAAACUGCAAAUGGAAUUGGAGGCACAACAUAAAAAGGAAAAGCUAAACCUGGAAGAUGAUAAAAAUCAGCUUCAACAAGAGCUAGAAAACCUGAAGGAAGAACUGGAAGACAAGCUGAAUUCAGCCAAUCAACAGAUUGGCCACCUCCAAGAAAUGGUAAGCAAAAGUGAACAAGGUCUUGGCUCUGCAGAAGGACUCAUUGCUAGUCUUCAGGACUCCCAGGAAAGACUUCAAAAUGAGCUGGACUUGACUAAAGGCAGGCUGAAGGAGACCGAGGAUGCUCUAUUAAAUGCUGAGAGUGAGCUAGAACAAGAAAGGCAACAGCAUGAAGAAACACUUGCUGCCAUGAAAGAAGAGGAGAAACUGAGAGUGGACAAAAUGGCCCAUGACUUAGAGAUAAAAUGGACUGAAAACCUUAGACAAGAGUGUUCUAAGCUUCGCGAAGAGUUAAGGCUUCAACAUGAAGAGGAUAAAAAGUCAGCGAUGUCUCAACUUUUGCAGUUGAAAGAGCGAGAGAAAAAUGCAGCCAGGGAUUCAUGGCAGAAAAAAGUAGAAGAUCUCUUAAACCAGAGGCACUCUCUGGGUGAAGCUUUGCAUAAAUCUAUCAACAAUAUUUCCUUGCUGAAACACAAUCUGGAGAUGCAGCUUUCCCAGUCUCAGACCUCUUUGCAGCAACUGCAAGUCCAGUUUACACAAGAACGACAACGACUUACACAAGAGCUUGAAGAAUUAGAGGAACAGCAUCAACAAAGACAUAAAUCUUUACAAGAAGCACAUGUCCUUGCAUUUCAAACUAUGGAAGAAGAAAAGGAAAAGGAACAAAGAGCUCUUGAAAAUCACUUACAACAGAAACAUUCUGCAGAGCUUCAGUCAUUAAAAGAUGCACACAGAGAGUCAAUGGAGGGCUUCCGGACAGAAAUGGAACAGGAACUUCAGACGCUUCGGUUUGAAUUAGAAGAUGAAGGAAAGGCUAUGCUUGCUUCUUUACGCUCAGAACUAAACCAUCAACAUGCAGCUGAAAUUGAUGUGUUACGGCAUCAUCAUCAUCAAGAAUUGGCCGCUGCUAAAAUGGAAUUAGAGAGAAGUAUAGAUCUCAGCAGAAGACAGAGUAAGGAGCACGUGAGUAGAAUAACAGAUCUACAAGAUGAAGUAAGGCACAGAGAGCAUCACAUCUCAGACUUGGAUAAGGAAGUACAGCACCUUCAUGAAAAUAUAAAUGCCCUAACCAAAGAAUUGGAACUUAAGGGAAAAGAAAUUCUCAGAAUAAGAAGUGAAUCCAACCAACAGAUGAGGUUGCAUGAACAAGAUUUAAACAAGAGACUUGAAAAAGAGCUGGAUGUCAUGACAGCAGACCACCUCAGAGAGAAAAAUAUCAUGCGGGCAGAUUUUAAUAAGACUAACGAGCUACUCAAGGAAAUAAAUGCAGCUUUACAAGUGUCACUAGAAGAGAUGGAAGAAAAAUAUCUAAUGAGAGAAUCAAAACCAGAAGAUUUACAGAUGAUUGGAGAAUUAAAAGCCAUGCUUACAGAAAGAGAUCAGGUCAUAAAGAAACUAAUGGAGGAUAAUAAAUUUUAUCAGCUGGAAUUAGUCAAUCGAGAAACUAACUUCAACAAAGUGUUUAACUCAAGUCCUACUGUUGGUGUUAUUAAUCCACUGACUAAGCAAAAGAAGAAGAACAAUAAAUCACCAACAAACAGGUUUGUGAGUGUUCCCAAUCUAAGUGCUCUGGAAUCUGGUGGAGUGGGCAAUGGACAUCCUAACCGCCUGGAUCCCAUUCCUAAUUCUCCAGUCCACGAUAUUGAGUUCAACAGCAGCAAACCACUUCCACAGCCAGUGCCACCCAAAGAGCCCAAGACACUUUUGAGUCCUCCUCAGAGUGAAGCUUCCCCGGUGGCUUCUCCAGAUCCCCAGCGCCAGGAGUGGUUUGCCCGGUACUUCACAUUCUGAAAGAAUUGCUUUGGCACAGUUCUAGGCGGACUGUUACUAAAAGCAUGACCUUAUGCAGAUCGUUAUGUGAACAGGGUUUCCUAUGUCAGACACGGUGAAAGUAUUUGUCUCUCCAAUUGAAAAUGCCCUGUAUUUCCUGUGAUAUUUAUUGGAAUCACUCUAUAAGGUACUGUAUUAUGUGUGUAAUUAUAACAGUUAUUUUUAUUUGAGAUGGGAGAGUCUUUAAUCUUUGUAAUUAUUGCAUAAUAAAUUUUGUUAGAACAAACAGUCUUUCUUUUUUGCUAGUAAGUUUGUUUUAACUUUUAAAUACUUUUUAAUUCCAGGUAAGACUUGCCAGAAAAAGUUUUACUACAAAAUAAUCAUACAAUAUUAAAUUACUUCAAUAACAAAAUCAGGACAGGGAAAUAUAACCUGUUAAUUUGUUUCAUUUCCGUGUAUAACUGUAACUGUGUUCUCUAAGUUUACAAGGCUAGAAUGAAAACACGUGGAAAUUAUGGACUUUCAAGUAUAUAAAAUACUGCCAACUUAUUUAUAUUGUUUUUUAAAAUUAUUCCGAUAGUUGAGAACCUAGGAUUUCUAGUACAGCAUCUAUGCUCAGUUGUUACGAAGCCAGCUUGUUAGUUUUCUAAAUAGGCAAUUUGGUACUGACACAUGAACAUGGACCCAACUAACCACUAUCACAUGUUAAUGAGACCUUAAGUUUUCAGUCCACCUUGGCAGGCUACUGUAUUGUAUUCCGUGGCCUGAAAGAGUGCAUCCAUUUCUAACAGUGCUAAAUAUAGUUGACUCAGUAAUUAUAGUUGACUCAGUAAUGUAGAUUUUAGAAGAACCUGGGUGAACAUGAUCUAUGAAUGAUUAUAAUAAUGUUAAAGACCAACUUUUUAAAUGAUUGUUGUGUGUCAGGCACUGUG